AUGUCUGAAAAUUUAAAAAGAGCAGAAUCAUUAUUUAAUAGAAUUAUGAAUCAAGGUUCAGAUUCUUCAAUAUCAACUAUAUCUUCAACUCCACAACAACAAUCUCAACAACAAAAUUACAGAUCGAAAUAUAACAAUAACAAUAAUAAUAAUAAUAACAAUAAUAACAACAGUCAAAAUAACGAUUCAUAUUCAAAUAAUCAUCGUCAUCAUCAUACUAAUAGUUAUCAUCAUCAUAAUAAUUCUCAACAACAUAUAAAUCAUAAUAUAUCAUCAUUAGAAAUUGCAAAAUUACCAAAAUUAGAUAUAAUAAAAUUAACUCAAGAAGCAAUAUCAACAAUAAAAGAAGAUGAACAUAUUUUACCUUAUUGUUGGACAAUUUGGCAUCAUUCAAGAAAUAAAAAAAAUCAACAACUAAUAGAAUCUGAUGAAGAUUCUACUAAAUUACAAAACAAUCCAGGAGUUGAUUCUUAUUUACAAACUACAAAUCAAUUACAAUUUCAACAUUUUGAUCAAAUUAUACAAAAUAUAAUAACUAUUGAACAAAUGUGGACUAUGUUUUCAACAAUAAAAAAUGGGUUUAAAUUAAGUAUAGGUACUGAAUUUUUAAUUUUUAAAACUGGUAUAAAUCCAGUUUGGGAAGAUCCAUUAAAUUCUCGUGGUGGUAGAUGGGUAUUUCGUUUUAAUAGAAAAUUACAAGAUCAAACAACAACAACAACAACUACAACAAAUGGUAAUAACUCACCAAGUUUAAAUAAUGAUUAUCCAUUUACAUCAAUUGAAAAAUUAAGAAAAAGAUCAAGUUUAAUUUGGGAAAGAAUAGUUUUAAAAAUUUUAACUGGAAAUUUUAUCCCUUCAUCAAACACCACAGAAAUUAAAAAAAUUUUAUUAAAUGAUAUUUGUGGAAUUGUUCUUAGUGUAAGAAAAGAUGAAGAUAUAAUAUCUAUAUGGAAUUCAAAUUUAAAUUUUUUAAAAAAUUCAACAACAAAAAAUAAAUUAACAAGUUUUCAAGCAAGAAGAAUUAUAUGUGAUUCAAUUUUAAGAAUUAUAAGAGAAUGUGAUGAAAUUUUAGAUAAUGGUACUAAUUGUAUUACAACUUUAGAUAAUGGAUCAAAUGAAAGAGUUUUAGGAGUUAGUUUUGAAUAUAGAUUACAUGUUGAAAGUCCAUUAAAUCAAGAUUCUUUAAAUUCAAAUAAUUUAAAAAAUGAUAGAAGCAAAAAUGGUAGAUUUUCAAAUAAAAAUUAUAAUCAUCAUCAUCAUAAUAAUAAUACUAAUAAUAAUACUAAUAUUAAUGAUCAUUAUAAUAAAAAUAUUCCAACUGAAUCUAGUUAG